UUGAGGCUAAAGAAUUAAUAAUAAUAUACAGCUCAGCAUCAUGUGAGCCUGAGCCGUCAUCCUCUAGUAAGCGUAAAUCAAGAGUGUUGCUCCUCACGUAAGCAUAUUUGUUUGGUAUUCAAUUGAAGUUGACAUUUACCUUCUCAGACAAGAUGGAAACCUUUAAUAAAGACACCGUCCCUGAUGCCUUCAUUUGCGACCUACUGGGAGAUUACCUGCAAUGCAACAAUGAACAAUGCCAGGAAACGUCUAUUGCCAUCAAUGAUAUCGUCUGUAUUCUUGAGGAAAGAUGGGAAAACACAUACAGCGUGCUAUUUCUCGAAAGGCACAGUGGAUCCUCUGAUUCCCUACCAUCAACGUUGCUGUCGCGGUACUUAUACAGACAUUUACCUCGCCAUCUCAGUUCUUUGUCCAGAAUCCAUGUCGUGAUAUCAACCGGCUCAGGAGCGGGAAAAGCAAAGAACAUAUUUCAAGAUGUCCUACAACCAUUUCUAUCAUACCUCGGGUUGACUACAUGUGAAGUCCAUGAAACGCAGUCUGCCCAGACAAUAACAGAGCUGGCGCAUUCAGAAUUCAUUCCUUGCGCCCAAACUGGAAUAGACCAAACCAUCAUCCUCCUUUCUGGUGAUGGUGGUUUGGCUGACAUUGUUGAUGCCUUCUACAAUUCUUCAGAGAGCAUGCUUGUUCCACCCUGCAUCGGCUUAAUGCCGAUGGGCACAGGAAAUGCUAUGGCAAAUUCCAUCGGUUUGAAUUGCCCAAUAAUGGGGCUAAUGACGUUACUGCAAGGUAAACCGAGGCGCAUACCAGUGUUUGCCGCUAGCUUCUCGCCUAGAUCACAGUAUAUCACCGAAGAGGGUCGUGGCCGUGCUCCUAUAUGUAGCGACCAAGCGGCGGAGAGUGAGGACCGCAAGGUUUAUGGUGCUGUUGUCGCGAGCUGGGGAAUACAUGCCGCGUUGGUCGCAGACAGUGAUACGGUUGCAUAUCGCAAGUUUGGCGUCGAUAGAUUCAAACUGGCCGCAAAGGAGCUUCUUUGCCCAUCUGACGACUCACCAACGCAUAGUUAUCAUGCUAUUAUCACCUUGGCCAAGCAAAGCAAAGAUACCGAUGACCAGCAUGUGGAGUCUAUGGACCAGAAUGAACAUAUGUACGUGUUGGCCACCUUGGUCUCAAGGCUUGAAAGGGGAUUUGUGAUCUCUCCGGACACGUCCCCACUCGAUGGUUGUUUGAGAUUUGUUCACUUUGGCCCGACGCCGCCGGAUGUAGCGAUGCAACUCAUGAGCAAAGCGUAUCAAGGCGGUCUCCACGUCCACGAAAAAGCGGUGACAUAUCAAGAAGUUGAGGGCUUUCGUAUUGAUUUUCUGGAGGAAGAUCAACGAUGGAGAAGAGUCUGCAUUGACGGGAAGAUAAUAGCUGUUGAAGGAGGUGGUUGGAUGGAGGUGCGCAGGGAACCACGGUGCCUGCUGAAUCUUAUCGCCGAUGUCCCUUGAUCUUCAGGCGAUAGACGAUAGCGUAGUACGGAGUACAUAGAAAACAUAUAUAAUACAAACCACCACUAGUUUGCGAUGCUUGUUGGGGAUUAUCUAUAUAUGCAUUUUUACACUGGUCUGGAUUUCGUUCAGAUGUCCUGCUCAGUGAAAGUACACCAGACACG